AUGGCCGUGCAACAACAAAAGACGGGUCUUGCCAAGGGCAUCAACAAGGGUCACAAGACGACGGCCCGCGUCCCCAAGCCCCGACCUUCGCUGAGCAAGGGUAAGUCGAGCAAGCGGACCCAGUUUGUGCGGUCCAUUAUCAAGGAAGUUGCCGGCCUCGCCCCCUACGAGCGUCGCGUCAUUGAGCUUCUCCGCAACGGCAAGGACAAGCGCGCCCGCAAGUUCUCCAAGAGAAAGCUCGGCACAUUCGGACGGGCCAAGGCCAAGGUGGAAGAGCUGCAGCGCGUCAUUGUCGAGUCGCGCAGGGCUGGCCACUAG